CCAGUCGGGGUUUGUCUCUGGGUGUGAGUGGACGUCGCUCGUCUUUAUCAUGGAAACUAUGGAAUAUACCUGAAAAUUCGCUGGUUAUAGGAAGAGCAAUGGGAGGUGGUUCUCCACAGCCCAGCUCUACCAAGGGUGAAUCGUGUUUGCACCUCAACGACAUCUCUUCUUUGGGGGUCUUGUGAUCAGUCGGGAACCUCUGUCGUCACCCCCCAAGAGCAGUGUUACUCAAUGUGCCUUUAUCGUCAAUCCCUUUUGCUCAGUAAAUGAAGAAAUUAAAUUAUUUUAAGCCAUUUUGUGUAAUGGGAGAUAAUCUAAAGCAAUGAAAUUAAUUUGGGGAUGUUAUGGUUGGUGUCAACUUGAUUGAUUUGUGGAUGGUGCUUGGAGAAUGAGGAUAUGAGGUAUUGUAGUAACAAAUAUUACAUUUAUUGUGAUGAUGAAUAACUAGAACCAAUGCUUUGGCUGGUUUUCUAACUCGGGGAGUUUCAAUGGCUCCUUAAGUGAAAUCCGUUCUUCCGUGAUUGUGUUCAGACUUUUGCUUGAAUAAAGGAGGAAGUCCCUUUCCCCCUUUCUUUCAAUGAUGGGUGAUGGACAGGAUGACGCUGGAGGGGGAGGUGGGAGUGUGGUCACAGGAGGAGGAGGAAUAGGGGGAGUCGGGGACGGAACCAUCGUAGAAAUGGAUGUCAGCCACUCAGAGCGGCGGCUCCGUGAGCUGGAGCACCUCUUCCUCUCAGGACCUGUCUUGUCAGAUGGACAGAGCUACUCUAUGGAGACCCUCCUGGAUGUGCUCCUGGUCCUCUUUGAUGAGUGCACCAACUCAUCACUUCGACGAGAAAAGACUGUGUCAGACUUCAUAGAAUAUGGUAAGCACGAGUGACGCUUUCCGUGGCCAUGGAUCGAAAAAAUACGUAAGUCAGGAUUUGGUUUGGAUGUGAUAAUAUGCUCUGGUAUAUCU